AUGACUCCGCAAAUCGUCUUUCUUCGUUCUAACACUGCCGUGCACGAGUUCGACCUGAGCAACGAGAGGGUCGUCCUGUCGUCUAAAAUACUGAACGCUUCGAAUUUGCCUGGAGAUGGCUGUCAUCUCGAGGUCAUCGGCCAGAUUCGCCGGACUAUGAUGGACGGCAGCCGAACGUAUCUCAUCAUAUGGACUGAGAUCACCGAGGGCUUCAAGGCCCUGCCGUUCAACGAUCCAGAUGGUGGCGAAGAUGAAGACGUCGUCUGUCAGGCGCGAGAAGAUGCCCAGGGGUGCCUUAUCCCACUAUCUGAAUUUGUGGCACAGCUCUCCGACGAUCGAACCGGCGUGGCCAGUGUGGAUGUGGACACUGAGAAUGCGCGAGAUGAUGUCGAGGCUAGCGAUGGUGGAGAUGUCAUGAAUGUCAGCCCUACGAUGGUGGUGCAUCAUGAUGUUCCCAUAGACAAGGAGAAGGACGCUGGCGACAUGCUCUGGGAUAAUGUGAGCGCCAGUGCCAUCAGCUACUUAGCUGCACACCCUUCUCGAUUUGAAGGUGCCAAGGAGGUCUACAUUGUGCGACCCGCGUACACUCUGGGCAGCGUCACCUUCGCUGUGUUCGCUCCGAGGGGCAGUAGCAGAGACAACAUGUGA